GUUGCACAAAAAAAGUGACACCCCUGGACCUGGACGCUCACAUAUCCUCAUGUGAGUUCAACCAGCCCGCACCAUCAUCGCAACCCGAGUUGCGCGUACCCUGCGCCUUCCACUCCGUCGGCUGCAAGGAAACUUUUGACAGCCAGGACGAGAUGAACACCCACCUGCACAAUGAUAUACAGAAUCACAUGAGUUUUUUAAUGAACGCUUACUCGGAGAUAAAGAUCAACAACGACAUAUCGAACGCCACUAUCGACGCAAAGGAACAAGAGGCCAUGAGCCUGUGGGAAGCACCGGACAAAGAUGGCGGGGAGAGCUCGUCCAAACCACUCAAUAACACCAGUGCUCUAAUCAGGGCUCUAUACGAAAGAGUAGUAAUAUUAGAGCAACGUAACCGCGAACAAGACAUUGUGAUAGCGAACAUAUCGAAACAACUAUCGGCGUUUUCCAUAGCGAAAAUGAAACAGAACAACGAGAUGCUACUGCGGUAUUGCAUGGGCAAUUACAUUUGGAAAAUUGACAACUUUAAAGCGAGAUGUGACGCGAUGUUGAAAGACCACUGUAAGAUGUUGUACAGUCCUGGAUUUUACACUACGCCUAAUGGGUACAGAUUCUGCGUCCGCCUUAACAUAUCACCGCAAAACCCCCUAUGUUUCGCUCUACACGUGCACCUAAUGAAAACAGAAUACGAUGACUGUCUGGAAUGGCCUUUUAACGGCCGAAUUUCCUUCGCUAUGAUCAAUCAGUACGAACCUGAAUUAACACAAAAGGACACUAUGAUGUCUAACUCUAACUUGAUAGCGUUCAGAAAACCGACUACGGAGAUUUGUGUUCGCGGGUUUGGUUACACAGAAUAUGCAAUUGUAUCCGAUGUUAUAAGAAAUGGCUUUGUCAAAAAUGAUAUCUUGAUUAUAAGAGUCCAUAUUAAGUGUGUAUGACAUGAGGAGUAAUUUUUUGUUCUUUUUUGGAGUGUCGCUGAAAUAAGCGCCGUGAAUUUCUUCUUUAUAUUCGUGUAAAACGGGUUGCAGUAGUUUUUGACGCAUCAAAACUGUAAGGAUAAGGCCAGAACAUGCAUGUGAUAUUUUUUCAGGAGGAAAAGGCCAUCUGCCAGUAAUUUUAUUUUUUCCUAAGUGGAUAAAGUAUGAAGUUACCGCAAGAGAAAAGUAGAUACGUGGGGCGCACAAUAAGUUUCCGGAAUGAAUAAG